UCUCAUGUUAGAAGGUUAGGGGAAAGGGAAGAAAUUUCCAGUUGCCACUCGAAACGAUAGUUAUUGUAGAGCAUUUAAAUGGGAAUAAAAAUCUUAAGUGGACCUUAUGAAGAGGACUGAGAUGACUUUCCUUCUACGCCCUCCCCCACAAGCGCUCGUGGUGCGGGCCGCUGCAGCUGCGCCGGGCUCCGCGGUCGCCGCGGACGGAAGCUGACGGGGGUCAAUCCAAGUCAUGCAGGUGGUACGAAAGACGGGGUCUUGGUUCUUGCGGUCGUGGGCUUGGCCACCGACGCCCAGGGUCGUGGCCGGGGCGCCGGCCUCCACCAUCCACACCGGCGCCCAGCAGCUGCAAGACGCGGCGGCCAGUCAGGAGGUUGAGGAGAAGGCGGCGGCUCCGGCUUCGAGCCGCAGCAGCUUCAGCAUUUACCCUCCAGUUCCAGGACAGGAGAGCCCUCUGAGGUGGGCAGGAAAGAAAUUCGAGGAGAUCCCAAUUGCACACAUUAAAGCGUCCUACAACAACACACAGAUCCAGGUGGUCUCGGCCGCUCACCAGCCCCUUGCGCGCACUUCCUGUGGCACGGAGGGCUUCCGGAACGCCAAGAAGGGCACGGGCAUCGCCGCACAAACAGCAGGGAUAGCCGCCGCUGUGAAAGCUGCGGGCAAGGGCGUGACCCACGUCCGAGUGGUGGUGAAGGGCCUGGGCCCAGGGCGCUUGUCUGCCAUCAAGGGACUGACCAUGGGCGGCGUGGAAGUGAUCUCAAUCACAGACAACACCCCCAUCCCACACAACGGCUGCCGCCCCAGGAAGGCUCGGAGGCUGUGACGAAAGGAAGCGUGUGGCUGAACCUGGCAAGUCCCACCUCCAGCUGGACCUCAUAGAAGGCACACUGUCCGAGCUCUCCCCAGAGCAGGGCUUGCUGGAGACCCCCUUGCAUGGCAGCCUCGCUUGUCCCUUCAACUGGAGACCGGGGUGCAGAAGGGACUCGAGAGGAGCCCCAGGGCAGCUGCGGCGCAGACUCCGCAACCAGGAAGCGCUGCUCUGCAAGCUAGACGCACCUCUGCCGCCUGUCGUAACAUGUGAGCUUUGGCUUGCCGAGUUGCGGGCAGUGAUCCCUGUGGCCUUCCGAGAGUGAGGGCGCAGGGCGCCUGGGUGCCGCAGUCUUUUGAGCAUCUGCCUUCCGCUCGGCUUGUGGUCUCAGGGUCCUGGGAUCGAGCCCCGUGUCGGG